AAGAAGAAACAACGAGGGGAGGGACCUGAGCAGAGACAGUGUCCGGAGGAAAGAGUUUACAUUACGGUUAUAGCUAUAAUUUCUGUAUUGAAUAACGUUACAUUGGCGAUGAUCUAAUUGAUUUAUUGUUUAAAUACAAGGAUUUGCCUCUGUUCAUAUCAGGAUGUCUGAGCCAAGCGCUAGAUAUCAGCAGCUGCCCAAUGAAGAGGAGCCAGAGGAGGUUCUCCAGGUGGCAGCUGAAGCCCCACCCCCUUACAGCAGCAUUGCAGCAGAUAAUGCAGCUUAUUUUGACUACAAAGAGGACAGGGGGUUCCCCAAGCCACCGUCAUACAGCGUGGCCACAACUCUCCCUUCCUAUGACGAGGCAGAGAGAACCAAGGCUGAAGUCCAUGUUCCCUUGGUUGCUGAAAGGGAUGAUGACUUUGCAGCCAGGGARGACUUUGAGGAUGCGGACCAGCUACAGAUAGGCAACGAUGGGAUUUUCAUGUUGACCUUUUUUAUGGCAUUCCUCUUCAACUGGAUCGGUUUCUUCCUGUCCUUCUGUCUGACCACCUCAGCAGCUGGCCGCUACGGAGCCAUCUCUGGCUUUGGCCUGUCACUCAUCAAGUGGAUCCUCAUCGUCCGGUUCUCCACCUACUUCCCUGGGUACUUUGAUGGGCAGUACUGGCUGUGGUGGGUGUUCCUGGUAAUGGGAUUCCUGCUCUUCCUCAGAGGAUUCAUCAACUACGCCAAGAUACGCAAAAUGGCUGACUCGUUUUCUACUCUCCCGCGAACCAGAGUCCUUUUCAUCUACUGAAAGUGGAAAUCUGACUUCUAUAGAGAAGUUUGCUCUGGCUUCUAAACUCCARCCCGGGAGGCUGAGAAAUGUUUUGCUGCCGUUGAAUCGGACGAUACACUUUCGGUCUCUUGAUGUAAACUGGUGGAUGUUGACAAUUCUGUAACUAUUCAAUCAUUAGUGGUUUGUCAAGUGCUAUUUGCAAUCAAGUCUGUGAUGUAUAAAUAAUGCCUUACAUAUUAUUAUCAGUUUGUAGCAAUGGUUAUGUACUGUGCCCCUUUUAGCCAAUAGGGGGCAGUCUUGUCUUUUUCUGUCCUCUUUCAAAGUGUUUGAUAUGGAGACUACUCAGCUGUAUGCUGAACCUGUGACAGUACCAUUGAGUUUUGUCUGUGGAUCGGAGCAUUGAGUCAAAUUUAUCAAAAGCAGUGCUUUUUUCUUGAUGUGUAUAUGAUAAUGAAAUUAAAGUCUGUCUUAAGAUGUUACCUUCAA